AUAUCUAACUUAAUGGAUGAUCUGGGUGACAAGAACAACACAUCUGAAAUACGAUCUGAAUGUCAGCCUGUAAAGCUUAGAGAUGACACUUUAUCUAAGCAUCGACUGUCCAAUAUCAUGUCGGAGAAGGCUGAAAGAUUUUUCCGCAGAUGGUUAUUAACUGCUUCUCCACCAG